ACUGAACUAACACUGCGCGAUUCUUUGUUUACAUCUUGAAUCAUGGAAGUGCCUUUAAGCGAGUUCAGCUCGCUGGAUCUGGAACGUGAAUUGUACGCUCGAGCAAAAAAUACGGAUGGAUUGAAGCAGGAGCGCUUUGGCCGCCUGUUGGCUGCCCGGCAGCAAGACAGCCAGUCGUCGAUCCGACAAAGAAGAUCGUCCAUUGCAAAGUUUGGAGCUCGCGUGCAAAUGGACGACUUUGCAGAAAUAAAAAUGUUCGAUCCGACAGAGUUUGAGUUCUUGUCCAAUAAAGUUCGAUGGCGACUCGAUCGUGUACGACGAACAGAGGAUGGCGAAGGACUGGAAUACUUCCAUCCAGAUGUACUCAGUCGCAUCGACCGCAACAAGACGUACAUGCUGAAUAUGGAUGAGUUUCUGGUGCGACAAGAGCCAUACAUUCAUAAGAUCUUUGUUAUUUUCAUAUCUCGGACUUGUGGGCAGGAGCAUAAGCUGUGCUAUGCAAGAAGUCUGGCCAAACUGCGCAGCUGGGAUGAACAGACGGAGGAGUUUGAAUGGCCCCUCAUCACGACUGAGAACAUAACCAGCUUGAGUGCGGAUAAUGCUGAGCUGCAGACGACACUCAUUACAACAGAGAACAUUGCCAAAGCGCUGAGCUACGUAUUGGGAACAGUUAAGGACAAUAAUCUAGAAAACAUUGUAGCCAUUGCCUGUGAUACGAAUCGGCUCGGUGUGCCAGCCAUAACGAUGCUGCUGGAGGCCAGUGGCCAUGUGAUGCCACCGACGCUCUACGACAUUUAUGAUCUGCAGAGCACCUUGCAGAACAUGUUCUGCUCCGCCUGUGUGCGGAUCCUGAUGCGUGUGGAGCACGAGAUAUACACGAAGACCACGUACGGGGAUCAGCUGUGCAGGCUGUGCUCUGGCAAUAGAACCAAGAAUAUGAAUGCCGUUCUGCUGCUGAUGGAGUAUGUGAAUAAGUUGCCCCAGAUCCUAAAUACAAUGUGGAGCUUCGAGGAGCAUCUGGACAAGCCGAUUUCCCUAAUUGGCCUGAACAACAGAUUGUUGAAGAUUUACGGCUCGCACAUCAAACGAGAGCUGCCGCCUAUAACAUUCGAAGACUGUGCCGCGGGCUCGGGACUUUUGCAAUUGAUCGUCUUUGAUGCCCUGUGGUGCAUCUCAACCGAAGCUGAACCUGAAGAGAUAAAUCUGGAAAUCAUAGUCUAUCCGCCACACAGCCAGGAAUGAGCUGUUUAAGAAUAAGUUAGAUAUAUUUA